CCGCCAUCUAACUUAGAGGCCAGCCUUAUAGCCAGAAUGGAAUUGCCACCUUAAGCCACUAAGCCAUGUUUGCCUGGAGUACUCAAACGAAGAGCUGCGCUCCCCUCUGUUCUCAAGCGCUGAUGCUCUUCGUCUCCCCGGCCGUGUUGUACCCGGCAUCUUUUCCCUGAGCCCUGCCUCAACCAUCACAACAUGUCCGACGCCAAAUCCCCGGCCAUCCAAUACUUCGGCCUGUCCUGUCCGGACGGCGGCGAUUUUUACAUCUGCGACGGCAGCGCGAACGAAUUCAUAGGAUGCUGCACCAUCGACCCCUGCGCCGACGGCAGCGGUCUGUGUGAAGGCGGCAAGCUGCGGACGGCCUCCUUCGACGCCGACAAAGUCGACGAUCUCACGAAACAAAGCUGCGAUGACAGUCGACAGUCAGAGGUCUGGUGGAUCUGCGAAAACAUCGACCCCCCCUUCCUCGGCUGCUGCGAUGUAAGUCCUUGCUCCAGCGGAUGUCCGCGCAGCAGCCUCUUGCCCGCCGUCUUGUCGACACUCUCGAAAAACAAGCAAGCCUUUCUCGACCCCGAGGCGUACGCAGCGAGCAGGACCACGAGCAAGACCACGAGCGUGGCUACGAGUACGGCUACGAGUACGGCGUCCGCGACGACCUCGGCGGGCCACAAACACAGCGGGGGCUUGAGCACCGGCGCUGUGGCGGGCAUUGCUGCUGGAUCAGCUGCCGUCGGCGUCAUGCUCUUAGCGAUCCUUAUAUGGAAGUGUUGGUUGGCUCCGCGGAAGCGAAAGCAGAACGAGAAGGAGAUUCAGCGCGCGGUAUCCCAUAUGCAGACUGGCUCUCCCGGGGGCUAUCUUGCAGCCCAGUCGCCAGCCGGCUAUUACCAAGAAUCUCCAGCCUUCGUACCUAAUACCGGCCCACAAUACCCCAGCGGCUUCUCAGUAGACCAUGACGGCAAGUUGAUACCGCAUUAUGCCUACCCUAACUUCAGCUCGGUCCCUCAAGGCUAUGGUCAAGCCUACUCACCCCUUCCGACGAUAGCAAUACAGGAAACGGACGGCACUCCGGCCACUCCGCAAGAGCUGGGGACAGGUCAUGAGCUUGGGGACCAUCGAAACCAGGACCAAACUCCGGCUACAAAUCAUGAACCGCAAUACCAGCAGGAGGGAUCCCGUUAUGAUUCGGUGGAAAGGAUCUAGUGUGCUGAAGCCUGGUCUACUAGUUUUGCAAUUUGAAGGUGUAAUAGUACCCAACCAGUGGUCUACUUGGUAUCAAGAGCGAUGGCGUUCUGGAAUGAUGUGCGGUCAAUGGGCGACUGCCGAAGGAUAAAUGAAAGUGUUGACAGCCACUAUCCGAACCGGUUUAUGAUAGCGUGUUGUAAUCAGCCUCCCCGAAUCUACACAUACCUUAAUGUGACUUAAUAUUAGAAGUUGCUCUUACC